AUGGAGGGUGUUGCGGCCGUGACUGUGGAUGCUGCGAAAAGCGCGGAAAAGCUGCAGAUAGACGUCGAGCCGCAGGCCACUGUACUACGGAAUGCGGGUAUUGUGCCAGAAGUCGAGGGGUCUGCCCUGGAUGAUCAGUCUAAUGAUACUUACUAUCGUCGACUACUACAGGCUUACUUCUUUGGUGUCGGUUCUGGCGUCGAUGCCGCGCCACGGUGGACAUGA